ACAGAUGAGAUUGGAUCAGGUACCGCUGUUAUACCUUCUCGUAUUGUCAUGGAGAACUGCAAAGGGAUUGAUGAAUGUGGCGAACGGGGCCAGAAAAGGUCGUCAACGCCAAAAGCGGGUGCCCCACGCGGCCACAACGUGUUUCUCCUUUCGUCUCGACGUCGAGCACGUCCUUCUCGCCGCCGUCAGAGUCGACGACCGAGCUCUCUUUCCGCUGUCACGUUGCCUGUUUGGACCAUUUCUGACGACAGUGCUGGCCAGAGCGCAUCGGGGACGACGACAAGGGCGAUACAUUCACACGUGCUCACGAGACACUGACCCUCUUGACGACCUGCUCGCCCGCGCUUCAGCCUCACCUUUUCUGCCGUUCGCCCCGCCGUCUUCAUGCCUCUUCGCUGUCUCCAAUGAACUCGCGCCCAUCUUUGGCUUCGAAGCGGCGCCCUUCUUCUGCCAUCUUUCUCGGCUCUCUUCCCCCACCAAAUCUUCCAGAUCUUCCUGAACCACCGAGCCCUGGCACGGCCUCAAAUCAUUCUGCCUCGGGCCUCCCCUCGCCGCCCGCCACAAAUUCAACAGGUAGCGGGAGCACGGGCGACAAUAGUGCGGACGGCGGUAGCCUUCGUAGACGAUCUAUCUCGGACGCGAACAUGGUCAAUGGCACUUCCUCCAAGAACGGAUCAAAGAGACCGCUCAGUCCGGAAAAUCAAGAUGACGAUGACGAGGAUAACACCGCCAGGCUUUCUAGACGAAGGUCCCACCAGCCCACUUCCUCCAGCGAGAACGCGGAUGCGUUGAAACGGGUCAUGAGUCUUACCCAACGUAAUCGUGCAGCUCUCGACAAACUCGCUCGCUUAAAUUCCACUUCGCCCUCCUCGCGAAGUUCCACUACUCCCCUUCCUCCGCUUACCGGUUCAACGUCGAGACACGCUCUCAGCUCCUCAAUUUCUUCGGUAUCCUCCCGUCGAUCAUCUUAUUCACAUACCCACAUACACACCGCUCCCAGUCCCCUCUCUGGCUCUGAAACCGAAAGAGAAUCACAACACUCAGACGAUCAGUCUGCCACUCCUCCAUCCUCUGUCUCCCAUGUGUCCCAUGAUUACGACAGCAGCUUUCGUACAAGAACCAUCUCCAUGCCUGAUUCACCGACCCGAGUCCGUACGCUCCAACAGAGUAGCCGAUCGAACUCGCCUGCGCCUGGGACUCUUCAAAGAACACCUCGUAAACGGCUGGCUACUUUGGCCAUGUCUACCCCAUCCCCUGGCCGACCACGGGGAGAGGGAGUCGAUGUUACUGCAGCGGCGAUGGCUGCCGUCGAAAGUCUGAGGAUGAGUCCCACCUCGCGGCGGAACCGCACUGGUGUUCCAAGAGAACUCAGGGAAACUUUCAGGAAUAGCAUGGAUGGCAGGACCUCGUCCGCAUCACAAAGGCCACCGUCUCGCGACAUGUAUACACUCUCCGGGCGUGGCUCGCCCUCACCAAAAGCUAACCCCGCAUCUCUGUAUAACGGCAACCCCACUCAACUAUCUCCCCGACCUCCACGAUCUACCAGCAGCCGCUUCGCCACCGUCCGAGAGUCUUCCAGAAGACCAAAGUGGCCCUCAGAAGACAUGUCUUCUUCUUCCUCGCGCCACAUUGCGGAAGACGAUGAAGAUGACGAGUACGAUCGCCCUUCCACAGGACAUACACAUAGUAUCAGUAUCGGUGGCGUUGGUCGAGCUCAGUUCCGUAGAGCCGGAAGUGUGGGGGAUGUGCUUGGGACGAGGUUGAUCGGCUCCGGGUUGAGAGCUGCUGGUAUAGGUAUCGGACAAAGAGACAAUGGAGACGACCCUUUCGGCGGACAAGAUAUUCAGAACACGCCCACGCCCGAAAGAAUCAUGCGGCCUCCAAGAUCUGCCGUCUCUUCUUCCACGGACGAUUGGAACCCAUCAGACGAACCCCGCGCCGGGCCUAGUAGUAGUGCUAGUAGAACGGGCGGCCUCUCGCGAACGGGAACGCUUCGAGAUCGUGACCGUGAGCCCAAAACACCGGCCAACGCCGGCUCAUCACACCUGAGGGGCGAGCGGGGCACGUACUCAGGACCAGCGCCCGGUGGGAGAACCUCAUCCAUGUCCGAUUUCAAUCGUUCGGGGAGGGCGAACGACGACGAUGUUCCGAGUACGGCGCCUCCGGCCACCAGAACGUAUAAUCGCACGUACAUGGACCGCGACAGGGAGGGCAUCGGCUCACGAGCGGGCUAUAGGGCCUCUCCGAUUCCGGCGCCGUUGUUCGCGCAGGAGAGGUCGUAUGGGUCGCCGAAAGUGAGGUCGACGAAAUUGAGGGAGCCGGAGAGGGUCAGGACGCUCACGGCUGCGGAACAGCAGGCUAUCGAGCACUUGAGGUUGAUGGAGGACUCGCUUACGUCAUUCGAGACGGCGUUGAACAGGCUCCCGGUGAUGGGCGAGACGACGACGGCGACUAUACCGGAGCUGCAUAAAAGCGCGCAGGGCAUCGUUAGAUUCGCGGAGCAGGUGAACGAGAUGCUGAGGAAUAGGACGAAUCGCGCUCUCGAGAGGCAGAUAGAGUCGGAGGUGGAUGAUCUGGAAGGGGAUAGGGAUGAGGUUGACAUGGUGGGGCUUUGGAACGAUGUCGGGAGCGAUUUUAGGGAUUGUUUGAGGGUGAGUGACGAGUUGGUGAGGACGAUGACGGGGCUGUUGUUAGGAGUUGGGAAGGUGUUGAGGGAGGCGGCUCCGUUGGGAUCUUCGCAAAAUGGAGGGCAGGCGCAUUUGAGGGGAGUUAGCCUGGAUGAGGAGAUGUUGUCGGGGAGGUUGAGCGCGCAGCGGCAUGGGUAUGGGAUGUCGAGCCCUGAUGGACGGUCUGUCGCGGGAAGAAGUGCUGGAGGAGGGAGCGGAAAGGGUUCGAGUGGCGGUGGAACAGAUAUAGGGUCGGCUCUUGGGAGGAGUUCGAGUAGCAGGAUGGGGAUGGGCGCAGAAGCUAGUGGGAGGCGAAGCGCCGCUUCUUCAUCGAGGAGGAGUUGGGAUCCGAAUAACUCCAUCGCCAGCGACCGAGACAGGGACAUGGUCAAGCAACUAAAGCGAGCGUCAAGUAGGGCCGAGGAGAUGCUUGUCCAUGCGCAACAGAGGUCUGCCUCCGCCAUGAUGCGAGAAAGGGAGCGAGAUGUUUACGGUGUAGAUCGUGACCGCGACCAACUCAGCCCCAGCUCUUCUGACCUCGGUCACUCACUUUCCUCUUCGCGUAACGGACCAGCGACGGCCGGUCUCGGGCCCUCGACGUCGACGCGACGGACUUACCAGCCCAGAGAUCGAGAAAGGAAACCCGACUUGUCUACACAUGACUCAGAGCGGACUCUUCGGGAAUUCGACCCCUCGCCCACACCUCCGUCCUCCCGUGCAGGAAUGAAUACCGAUAUGAGCAGUCGUCAACCGCUUCCUCCAAUCGACACCGACCCAAGUCCACUGCCUUCCGCCGAUGCCUUCGAGCGUCGUUUAUCCGAGCGAGCCAGUCGUCGGAAGAUCUCCUCGACAUCAAACAUAACCGUACGGGCCAAUCCAUCCUUCAAUCUAUCCUCCUCCAGCGCCACCGUAGCGUUGUCGCCACACACCGUCUCCAACAACUUGACCCCCGAAAAGGCUGCUUUUCCGAUGCUGAGCAGGACUGACUCGACAGAGAAGCACACAGGCGAGUUCUCGAGGAGAAGAGACGUUACGUUUUCUCGACCUUCGACAAUCUCGACUUCUGCUCUCAACGGCGUACAGCAACGACAUGAUAGUCAGGCUCGCUCAGGUCGUGCGAGGGUUGAGUCGGGUGAUUCGACGUAUGCGGUUGACCUGGAUGCGGACAAUCCAGAUUACAGUGGGACUAGCGCGAGCGAUCGUGAACCUCCCCUCAGCGCCAAGUCCACCAGAUCGCAACUCAGGUCUAGUAGAAACGCUUCUGAAUCCGAACGACCUUCCCCCACGACCAUGGGACAAUCAUCGACGCUGGGCAGGAGGAGGACGUUAGGAGCGGCGAAGGCCAGGGCUUCGUUGGAUGCGGAGUUAAGUGAUGAAAUGAGGAGGGAUCGUCCUCCACGGGACCGGGACAGAGAGCGGUCAUCGGCUGAGAAUCCAAGAGCAGGAUCAUCACAGAAUCAGAACGCUUCGCUCUCGUCGACGGUGGGCGGGAGGAGGGAACGGAGGAGGACAAUCACGGAGAUUUUUGCUCCAUAGACAAAUUCAAAGCCGGUGUGUGUAUUAAAAUUGUGUCUUCUGAGUUACAUCCUUGUUGACCGGUCUCCUCUUGUUCAGCUCUCGCAUCGAUAUCCGCGUUGGCCACUUGGUCGCGUUCGCCUUGCCAUGUUUUUAUUUGAGCCGUUCGUCUUGCCCGCGUUCGGUUCUUUUGUUCUUUCGUCUUCGUAUAUUCGUACUAGGACGAUCUUUCCUGUAUGUAUCUUUUUUCUUUCUGUGGUUUGUUCUCUUUCUCUCGCAUACAUAUCUUCCCCCCUCGUUAGGCCUGACCUUUUUCCCCUUUUCAUAUUUUUGAUGGCACGCUUUCAACUUCUUCGCAUGCCUGUGAGCUUUCACGUUUCACGUAUCCAUAAACCCAACAAUCGUUUCAAGGCUGAAUAUUCCGUCUUCUCCUCUCUUCCACUUUCUCUGUUUUGAAAUUCGCUUGCGAUGCCCCUCCCACUCCCUCUGUCUUCAAUACUACUCGUAUCCUCCCCGUUAUUCGGUUAUUCUUCAUAUUUUCUUCGCCACUUUCUUCGUCUCUUCGCAGCUUUUCAGUUUCUGUGUCUCUCUCCUCUGUGAUAUCAAGUGUUUACUGUAGGCACCGUUGAUCACGUCUCACUCUCUCCCUCCCUGUCUCUCGCAUGUCGUACC